UGGUGGAGGUGAUGGAGGCUGGUGGAGGUGAUGGAGGCUGGUGGAGGUGAUGGAGGCUGGUGUCUGCUCUUUGUUGGCGGGCUGCUGUUCCUCCAUCCUCUGUCUGUAUCAGUGAUGGCUGAGAUCUGAAGCAGGACUGGGAACCUCUGCAUCAUCAUCAUUAUCAUCAUCAUCGUCAGUAUGUAUGGCUGAUCAGCUGUGUGUUGUUUGCCUCAGGGUGUGCUGUAAGUGUGUGUGUGUAAGUGUGUGUGUGUGUAAGUGUGUGUAAGUGUGUGUGUGAUGCGCACGUCUCCAGCAUCCCCGCUCCAUUUCUCCACCGAGAGGCAGAACAAGUGUUGUCGGUUUCCGGUUGUGGUUGUUUGCUUUUCGUCCGGCCUUUUGGUUCCAGUCCGACUGUGUUUCUGAGCAGGAGGAAGCGGGAGGCCGUCAUGGGAACAGGCGAGCCGCAGCCGGACGCCGCAGGCGGGAACAAUAGGUGGAGAAGAGACUCUCUUUCACACGAAACUCACCUCCCUCGCGUGGCGCACUCGCGGCCUGCUGAGGUGCUUCCUGUCUUCUAGAUGGUUCCAGGGUGGAUGGAGGAGGAGAGGCCGCUCAAAAUGGCAGAUUCAAGCAGCGAGCCCCAGUUGUGGCCGGUGGGCAUGGUACUGAAGGGCAGCUCAGAGGCGCUGUGUCCCCCCCCAUCUCUGGAGCUGCGCCCGUCCUGCAACAAGAGCCAGCCCUCCCCUCCUCUGGGCUCCAGCUCACAGCCACACGACGGAGUCAUUUCUGAGGACAAGGAGCCCAUCAAGUACGGCGAGCUCAUCAUCCUGGGCCACAAUGGGUCACUGGCAAAUGGUGACAAAGGUCGUAGAAGAAGUCGCCUUGCCCUUUAUAAGAGACCGAAAGCCAACGGGGUCAAACCGGAUGUUAUCCACAACGUCUCAACACCACUGGUGUCAAAGGCUCUCAGCAACAAAAGCCAGCACAGCAUCUCCUACACACUGUCACGGAGCCACUCUGUCAUUGUGGAGUACACACAUGACAUCAACACAGAUAUGUUUCAAAUCGGCAGAUCUACAGAGAGCAUGAUCGACUUUGUGGUCACGGACACGGCAGGCGGCAGCAGCGGUCACGGUGCGGGUGCAGCAGGGGAAGGCGGUGGUGGAGGUCAGUCAGCCCAAAGCACCAUCUCUCGCUACGCCUGUCGCAUCAUGUGUGAACGCAGCGCUCCCUACACGGCCCGCAUCUACGCUGCUGGCUUCGACUCCUCCAAAAACAUCUUCCUAGGGGAACGGGCUGCCAAAUGGAGGACCUCAGACGGCCUGAUGGACGGCCUCACCACCAACGGGGUUCUGGUGAUGCACCCGGCCGGAGAGUUUGUGUCUGAACCUGCUCCAGGUGUGUGGAGGGAAAUCUCAGUGUGUGGCAACGUGUUCGCCCUGAGGGAGACGCGCUCAGCCCAGCAGAGGGGGAAACUGGUUGAAAACGAGUCAAACACUCUCCAGGACGGUUCUCUCAUCGACCUGUGUGGGGCCACCCUGCUUUGGCGGACCCCUGCCGGACUGCGCCACAUUCCCACCCUCAAGCAGCUGGAGUCCCUUCGGCAGGAGCUGAACGCCGCUCGGCCCCAGUGCCCCGUCGGCUUCAAUACCCUGGCCUUCCCCAGCCUGGCCCAGCGCGAGAUUGUCGACAAGAAGCAGCCCUGGGUCUACGUCAACUGUGGCCACGUGCACGGAUACCACAACUGGGGCUAUCGCAAGGAGAAAGGGCUCACCAGCCCGGGGGGCACAGCACCAGCCGGCACUGGUGAGAGAGAGUGUCCAAUGUGCAGGAGGGUAGGCCCCUAUGUGCCUUUGUGGUUAGGCUGUGAGGGCGGAUUGUACUUGGAUGCCGGCCCCCCCACACAUGCCUUCUGCCCCUGUGGCCAUGUGUGCUCUGAAAAGACAGUAGGGGGGUGGAGCCAGAUCCCGCUGCCCCACGGCACGCAUGCCUUCCACGCUGCCUGUCCCUUCUGCGGUACUUGGCUGACGGGGGAGCAGGGCCACGUCAAACUCAUCUUCCAGGGGCCCGUCGACUGAGGCUCACACACACGCACGUACACACACACACACACGUACACACACACACACACACACACACACACACACACACACACACACCCACACGUACACACACACACACACACAGGAGCCUCUCCCAUGAUGAAGGACUUCAGUGAAUGACUGGUGACUAAGGACUGUGUUCUUGAGCAAAAAUGUGAAUGCGCUGAUGUACAGGAAGAUGACUCCUUCCGUGAUAAAACUAAAAGCAAUAGUAGAUGCCAAGGCUUUGAAUGGAAGAGCUGUCUGGAGAAAAUGUAAAUAAAUAGUGUUGAAUUGAA